GGGGAAUUGGUUUAGUGAUUGUGAUAAAAACAAUUCAAUGAGAAAGCAAAUAAAAAAGUUACACCUUUAUUUAUUGUUUGUUCUUGUAUAAUGGAGAUGACGUUAACUCGGUGCAGGGAGCGGGAGUGAGCAGUUAGCGAGACUGGCCUGCUCUAACCAUGGGGAAACAGAAUAGCAAACUUAAACCCGAAGUUUUGGAAGACUUAAAGCAGAACACAGAAUUCUCAGAUGCAGAGAUUCAAGAAUGGUACAAAGGUUUCCUUAAAGACUGUCCUAGCGGUCAUCUAUCUGUAGAUGAAUUUAAGAAAAUAUAUGGUAACUUUUUUCCUUACGGCGAUGCCAGCAAAUUUGCCGAGCAUGUCUUUCGUACAUUCGAUGCUAAUGGAGAUGGAACCAUUGACUUUCGGGAGUUUUUGUGUGCACUAUCCGUCACCUCUCGGGGUAAACUAGAGCAGAAACUAAAAUGGGCAUUUUCAAUGUACGACUUAGAUGGCAAUGGCUAUAUAUCACGACAGGAGAUGCUCGAAAUAGUCACGGCAAUAUAUAAGAUGGUAGGCUCUGUCAUGAAAAUGCCUGAAGAUGAAAGUACGCCCGAGAAACGUACAGAUAAAAUAUUCCGUCAAAUGGAUCGAAAUAAGGACGGAAAAUUGAGCCUGGAGGAAUUUAUUGAAGGGGCCAAGAGCGAUCCUUCCAUCGUCAGACUCCUACAAUGCGAUCCCCAAGCUCAGUAGCCUAAGACCGUGCGAAUUAUUGGAGCCGGUCGCAGAGACUUUUUAUCCUAAGUUGUAAACAUCAACCACUCUUGUGUGAUCGCGGGGUUACCGCGUUGACAUCCCGGUUAUCAUAAAUGUAUAUGUAAUAUGGAUUCAUUGACCUAGAAUUAACGAAUAGGAGCCAUUACAGUUUGAUGAGUUUUUUGCACUUAAAAGUAAUUCUAUGUAGAUGAACCCAUAUCGUGAAAUAUUGUACUAUGUUACGUUUCCAGUAAACCGCGGAUUGUUAUGCUCACCCUCGCAUAGAUUUUAGUGACAGAAUAUUUAAUCCUAAUUUAAUUUAGUAAUAACCGUUAAGUACAUUUUUAAGCAGAACUACGAACUUGAUAAAUUUCUGUGGUCAACUAUUAUAACUUAUUACAAUUGACGAUAUCUCAAUUACUCUUAUCAUUACUAUCCAAAUAUAAAUAUCAAUUCAAUGUUACUGUUUUCAAAGUUUUUAUGUGAUUCGAGAGACGUUGAAUGUAGAUGGUAUAUUUUAUUGUAAUGUUCUAAUGUUAUCUUGAUGGUAAUUGGUGCUUAUUCAUCGAGCGUAAUCAACCACGACUAAAAUUAGUAAUUGUCUUUUUAGGUCGAUCGGUUUGCGCUCGUUUUCACCUGCCGCGUUACUACGAAUCUCGUUUCAAUUAUUUAUACAUCUCGUUCUGCACUUACUUUGACUUGAAUUGGAUGUGUUCGAAAAAUAAGAAUAAUAAUAUACCAUAGAUAUUACUAUUUAUAGUGAUCUUAUAAAUUGAGGCCUAACAAAAUCAUUAAUGCAAUAGUUCUAGUCGUCUGUUAUGACAGUUUUGUACAACGGUCCGUCCAUGGGCCGUCGCACAAGCAAGUGCAAGCACCGAACAUGUCUUGAUCUUCCUAUGUCUUGCGCGAAUUGUGGUUUUGAUUAUCAAUAACUACUUGUCUAAUACAUGUAAUAUCAAAAUAAAUUUGCUGAUGCAUUAAUCAACUACA